GUUGAUAUUUUCGCUGCAUUUAUGGCCAUACCUUUUAGAACAUAUAUAUUAUUCUUCCUCUUCUUCUUCACCAUUGCAUAUAAUUCUCAGCCAAAUCCAAAUAAACAGAAAAUCCCGAAGACUAAAAUCAGAUAUGGGAUUUGAAAAUGAGCAUAUUGUGAUGCUGCCAUUCAUGGCUCAAGGCCAUCUCAUACCAUUUCUAGCACUAGCAAAGCAGAUCCAGCAAAGAACAAACUUCACCAUCACCAUUGCCUCCACCCCCCUUAACAUCCAGUCCCUCCAAUCCACCAUUGCCACCUCAUCAAACAACAACACCAUUCACUUGGCUGAGCUUCCAUUUUGUAGCACAGACCAUGGCUUGCCCCAAAACACUGAAACCACAGAGAACUUGCCUCUCAACAAAUUGGUCAAUCUUUUUGCUGCAUCCCUCAGCCUUGAAGCUCCUGCUCGCCGCCUGAUCUCCGGCAUCAUCGAAACAGAAGGCCGCCCGCCGCUUUGCGUAAUCUCGGAUGUGUUUUUCGGAUGGGCUAAUGAUGUUGCAGACAGCUUAGGCACUGUCAAUGUGAGCUUCACCACAGGUGGUGCUUAUGGCACCGCAGCCUACAUCUCCAUUUGGCUUAACCUCCCACACCGCUAUACAGACAAGAACUUCUUCACCCUUCCCGGGUUCCCGGAACGGUGCCGUUUCGAUAUCUCUCAGCUGCAUCCAUUUUUAAGAGCUGCAGAUGGUACAGAUUCUUGGUCAAGAUUUUUCCAGCCCCAAAUUUCACUUUCUGCUAAAUCUUUUGGUUGGCUGUGUAACACUGUGGAGGAAAUUGAACCCUUUGGCUUGGAUAUCUUGAGGAAUUGUGUGAGGCUUCCUGUUUGGUCCAUUGGGCCUCUCAUUCCUAGAGAGGCACUCAAGAACUCAUCCACUUUGGAUGUAAGUGUCUCAAGGCAACGUGCAGGAAAAAAACUGAGUUUUCCUGCUGAGAAAUGCCUUGAAUGGCUUGAUUCACAUGGUUCAGAUUCUGUUAUUUAUAUUUCUUUUGGUUCUCAGAACACAAUCAGUGAAACCCAAAUGAAGGAAUUGGCUAUUGGGUUGGAAGAAAGUGGGAGGGCUUUCAUUUGGGUCAUAAGGCCUCCUAUUGGGUUUGAUAUGAAAGGAGAGUUCAGAGCAGAGUGGUUGCCUCAAGGAUUUGAAGAGAGAAUGAACAAAAGCAAACAAGGGUUGUUGGUGCACAAUUGGGCACCUCAGUUGGAGAUUUUGUCACACAAAUCCACAAGGGUGUUUGUGAGUCAUUGUGGGUGGAAUUCAGUGAUGGAGAGCUUGAGCCAGGGUGUGCCAAUUGUUGGGUGGCCAUUGGCAGCAGAGCAGGCUUAUAAUUCAAAGAUGUUGGAGGAGGAGAUGGGUGUGAGUGUGGAGCUGACUAGGGGUGUGCAGAGCAAAAUUGUUGGGGAGGAGGUGAAGGGUGUGAUUGAUUUGGUGAUGGAUGAAAACGGGAAAGGAGAAGAGAUGAGGAAAAAUGCUGCUGUGAUUAAGGAGAAGAUAAGAGCAUCAAUAAGAGAUGAUGAUGAAGAAAAAGGGUCUUCUGUUAAGGCAGUGGAUGAUUUUGUUGCUGCUCUUUUAUCAAAGAGACAAGAAUCAUCAAAAUCCAGUAACUCCAUUGUUAGUAAUUAGGUUUUUCUCUUGAAGAGAAAUGAAAGAAUCUUUGUAACUUUCAAGUCAUUUGAGAAAUGACCUAUUGUUUGGAGUUCUAAUUUUUUUUAUUUA